AUGAGUGGCACAUUCAAGACGAGUAGUAAUCAGAAAGCAUUUUUAUCUCCAACAGACGUGGCAGAACUCACGGCUGCAGCAGUUGCAGCUAUACCCAGUACAUUAUCACAAGCCAAUCACCUUUUGCUCAAGAAUUCGACAUCUAGUGCUCAUCGUACGGAGAAUGGAGACAUUGUACACCACCAUCAGGCCACACAUCGCGGGGGAAAUGCAACGCUUGUGACAUCGACAACUACAACGAUACAUCAUAUGGGAAGCACGACAAAGGCUGGUGUUACGACGCCAACGGGGGUGACAACUAGUACUGCAGCCUUGACGCCGCAGCCACAGUUCUCGCUGCACUCGCACGGCCACCACCAUCAUCAUCAUCAUCUUUCACAUGGAGCCAAUCUCUUGGCCAAUGGUAGUCUUAGUGGCUUUGCAAAUGGAAGUUUAGGAAGAAACGGAAUCGACGGAUCCAUGAGUUCUGUGACGAUGGCUGCUUCGGCUACUUUUCAAGGAGAUUUGAACCAGAUUGAUGCGGGACUGAAUUCAGAAGACGCUGGUGUUCAGCUUGAAGCAGCCAAGAAGCUCCGUGUGCUAUUGUCCUCGGAGCGUGAUUUGCUGAUUCGUCAGAUGCUCGAAAAAAACUGGACACCACGUCUUAUCAAGUGGCUGCGACUGCGUGAUCGACCGACUCUUCAAGUUGAAGCGCUGUGGGCACUUACGAACAUUGCAGCGGGUGCUACGGACAACACAUCGGUGCUACUACAAAAUGGUGUGGUUCCGACACUGGUUUCGUUGUUGGACUCGUCCAAUGAAGAGGUGCUGGAGCAGUCCGUGUGGGUUCUUGGCAACCUGGCCGGUGAAGGGGCUGCGACUAGGGACCUCGUGCUGAGUGCUGGAGCGCUGACGCCGCUUGUGAACAAUCUGAAGGAAACCUCUUGGGAUCGUCUGUCGUUGCUUCGUAUUUUGACCUGGACCAUUAGCAACUUGUGUGAUGGUCAGCCGCGACCAGUGCUCGAUAUCGGGCUUAUCUUACCGUAUCUGGCCAAGAUGCUGACGAGUACAGACACGGAAAUCUUGAGUCACGUAUGCUGGGCAUUUUCACACUUGUGUGACGGACCAAGUACACACAUCCAGGCUGUAGUUGACUCGGACGUGUGCUUCCGACUUGUUGAGCUUUUAAGCCACUCGUCCUGGCGAGUCACGAAACCAGCUCUACGUGCGAUAGGAAAUAUUGUGUGCGCUGAAGAUGAUCACGACUAUACGCAGCACAUAAUCGAGUGUGGUGCUGUGCCUUCGUUGCGGCGACUAAUUGCACACUCAAAUCGCGAAAUUCAGAAGGAAGCUUGCUGGACUCUGUCUAACAUUGCCGCCGGCACAGUUGACCAAAUUCAGUGCGUCCUUGACUCAGGAUGUAUCCCGUCUUUGAUGGGGCUGGCUGCGUCAGACACGACAGAUGCUGAAGUGAAGAGUGAAGCCUGCUGGGUAGUACUUAACGCCACAUCAUGCGGAUCGGAUAGUCAAAUCGAGUAUCUCGUCAAUCAGGGUUGCAUUCAGAUCCUAGGCAAUCUCUUGGAGGAAACGAGUAUGGUAAUGAUGGCACUCGAAGGCUUGGAACGCAUUCUCCAGGUCGGUGAGCUGGAGUCAAAGCGUACGGACUCCCCAAAUCCGUAUGCAAGCCUCAUGGCUUCUGCAAAUAUAGAGACGUUGGUGUCACACAAGUCGGCUACGGUGGCGAAGCGUGCUUCGCGCAUCUGGCAGCAACAUUUUGUCACGUGCGCUAUCUGUCUGGGUCCGUUCUCGAAACACUCGAACGAUACUUUUUUUUGUGUAGAGUGCAAAUGCAAUGUAUGCAAGAACUGUGACUGCACGGUCUUCCAUUUGAAAUACCAGGAAAGCCUAUGGAAGGAAGAAACAGAGAAGGAGGUAAAUGAAAAACAGGCACGCCAGGCCUCGAAGCGUAGCAAGCGUCAAAAGAAGCGUCAGCGUACCAAAGAGCGCAAGGCAGCUCUACUUCGUGGUCAAAAGACAGCUCCAGCCAACGGUAAGGGAUCAAAACAAAUCCAACAGCAAAGGGGUCAACAGCAGGAUGACUCGUCUUCAGAUGAGGCCUCAUCAACCAAGUCAGGAGGAGGUGAGGGAGGAGGUCGACGUCGACGGCAGGAUGCAGACGACUCAGGUUCGGAUAACGGUUCAAAUGAAUCGAAUGAGGAGGAGGAUGGCGGUGUGGCCACCCCUGCCGAAGAAGAGGAGGAGGCUGCAACUGAAGAGGAAGUCAAUGCUGAUGUGCUGGAUGAGAUGGUGGAUGCAAACGAUAAGCUGGUAUCGUAUUUGCUGGAGACUGGAUCGAUCAUGGCGCUUGCUGAACGCUUGGAUUUGGAGGAUGAUAGCAUGUGGAUUGUAGCGGAGAAGGAUAGAACUGCUAUCCACGCGUAA